CCUGAUUGUAUGCUGCAACAUAAACACUCUCGUGGAAUAACUUAUUUGGCCCAAAAUUAAGAGAAUAAUUUCGUUUCUGGAUGCAUUUUUGUUCCCCCCCCCCCUCUCUCGAUCUCCUCCCUCUCUCCACAUCUCCUCCUCUUUCUCCGGGGAAUCUAGUCGGAUCCAGUCUUGAGGGGGGAAGCGAGCUUCUUGGUGCGAGAUAAUCGGCACAUGAUGUGAGUUAAUGAGGCGGAGAUGCUGGGUGACAAACUCAGACGCGCUCCGCUCCAGCGACGACAGGUGCGCACCAAGUGAGCGGCGGGAGGACAAGACGGAGGAGUCGAGACAGAGCGCAGGAGUUGACGGGAGGGAGAGGUGGAAAGUCACCGGACCAGGAAGGAGAUAAAGCACAAACCACCCCCCAGGUUCUCGCUAUGGAAACCGGGCAAAGCGCGCAGGUGGCCGACAUGGGAGGGGAGCACUCCGCCGGGUUGAGCGUGGACAGGGACCGGGAGAGGGGCGAGGUGUCCAGCCCCAGUCCGCCGUUCAAGCAGCGCUCCCUGCGGGUCGUCUACGUCCUGAACGACGGGCUGAAGUCGGUGAUGGCCAGCAGCCCGGAGUCCGGAGCGCUGCAGUGUCUGCAGAGAGCCUGCGACGCAGAGAGCGCCCUGCUCACCACAGUCACCUUCGGGAGGCUGGACUUUGGAGAAACGUCGGUGCUGGACAGUUUCUACGAUGCAGACAUCGCUGUUGUGGAUAUGAGCGAUGUGUUUCGGCAGCCCUCCCUGUUUUACCACCUGGGCGUGAGGGAGAGCUUCGACAUGGCCAACAAUGUCAUCCUAUACCAUGACACUGACCCCGACACUGCCCAGUCACUGAAGGACAUGGUGGUGCAGAAAAACACAGCAUCCAGUGGUAACUACUAUUUCAUCCCCUACAUAGUGACUCCUAACCAUGAGUAUAUGUGCUGUGAGAGUGACGCCCAGCGCAGGGCCAGUGAGUACAUGCAGCCCAGCUGGGACAACCUGCUGGGGCCGCUCUGUGUUCCCCUGACCGACCGCUUCACCAGCCUGCUGAAGGACAUCCAUGUCACAUCCUGCGCCUCCUUUAAGGACACCCUGUUGAACGACAUCAGGAAGGCCAGGGAGAAAUAUCAGGGAGAGGAGCUGGCCAAGGAGCUUUCCCGCAUCAAACUCCGAAUCGACAACACAGAGGUCCUCACACAGGACAUUGUCAUGAACCUGCUGUUUUCCUACAGAGACAUACAGGACUAUGAUGCCAUGGUGAAGCUGGUGCAAACCCUGGAAAUGCUGCCGACUUGUGAUCUGGCGACCCAGCCCAUGAUCCAGUUCCACUACGCCUUCGCUCUCAACAGGAGAAACAGUCCUGGAGACAGGGAGCAGGCUCUGAGAGUGAUGCUACAGGUGCUACAGUCAUGUGAACACCCGGCACCGGACAUGUUCUGUCUCUGUGGACGAAUAUAUAAGGACAUCUUUCUGGACUCAGACUGCAAAGACACUAAAAACAGAGAUAACGCCAUACAGUGGUACAGGAAGGGUUUUGAGCUGCAGCCCACUCUUUACUCCGGUAUCAAUCUGGCGGUCCUGCUCAUAGUUGCUGGCCAACAGUUUGAGAGCUCAAUUGAACUGAGGAAAAUAGGUGUGAGGUUGAACAGUCUGCUGGGGCGCAAAGGUUCCCUGGAAAAAAUGAAUAACUACUGGGACGUGGGCCAGUUCUUCACCGUUAGCAUGCUAGCUAACGACAUCCCCAAAGCUACUCAGGCUGCCGAGAAGCUCUUCAAACUGAAGCCACCUCUCUGGUAUUUGCGGUCGGUGGUGCAGAACCUGCAGCUGAUCCAGAGGUUUAAGAAGCAGACGGUGGAGCACUCCCCUCAGCGGGACAGACUCAUCUUCUGGAUGGACAUCAUCGUGGAGGCCACGCAGCGCACCACCAAUCGACUGCGGUUUCCAGUGUUGAUUCUGGAGCCGACGAAGGUCUACCAGCCCUCCUAUGUGUCCAUUAACAACGAGGCAGAAGAGAAGAACGUCUCUAUCUGGCAUGUUUCUCCUGCUGAAACGAAAGGGAUCCACGAGUGGAACUUCACUGCCAUGUCCAUUAAAGGCAUUAGCAUCAGUAAGUUUGACGAGCGUUGCUGCUUCCUCUACGUCCACGACAACUCCGAUGACUUCCAGAUCUACUACUCCACUGAGGAGCAGUGCGGUCGGUUCUGCUCCAUGGUGAAAGAGAUGAUAUCUGAUGGCACAGGAAACGCAGUGGAGCUGGAAGGGGAGGGAGAUGCAGAUACACUGGAGUAUGAGUAUGACACCAAUGAGACAGGAGACAGGGUGGUGUUGGGGCGAGGAACCUAUGGAGUGGUGUAUGCUGGGAGAGACCUCAGCAACCAGGUCCGAAUCGCCAUCAAAGAGAUCCCUGAGAGAGACAGCAGGUACUCUCAGCCCCUUCAUGAGGAGAUCGCCCUGCACAAGUACCUGAAGCACAGGAACAUCGUUCAGUACUUGGGCUCUGUUUCUGAGAACGGAUACAUCAAGAUCUUCAUGGAACAAGUGCCUGGAGGAAGCCUGUCCGCGUUGCUGCGGUCUAAAUGGGGUCCGCUGAAAGAGGCGACCAUAAUCUUCUACACCAGACAGAUCCUGGAGGGGCUGCGAUACCUGCACGAGAACCAGAUCGUCCACCGAGACAUCAAGGGCGAUAAUGUCUUGGUGAACACCUACAGUGGCGUCUUGAAGAUCUCAGACUUUGGCACCUCUAAGCGUUUGGCAGGAGUCAACCCCUGUACGGAAACAUUCACCGGUACUCUGCAGUACAUGGCGCCAGAGAUCAUUGAUAAAGGCCCUCGAGGGUACGGGGCCCCGGCUGACAUCUGGUCGCUGGGAUGUACCAUCAUAGAAAUGGCCACCGGGAAACCCCCCUUUCAUGAGUUGGGGGAACCACAGGCAGCCAUGUUUAAGGUGGGUAUGUUCAAGAUCCACCCGGAGAUCCCCGAGUCUUUGUCGCUGGAGGCCAAGUCGUUCAUCCUGCGCUGCUUCGAGCCCGAUCCUCACAAGAGAGCCAUCGCCUCCGACCUGCUCCGAGACACUUUCGUGCGGCACAACACCAAGGGCAAGAAGAGCAAGAUCGCCUUCAAGCCAUCCGACUACAUCCACAGCGUUUCCCUGCCGGUGCAGCUGCAGUGCGAGGCCACCGGGAGCAGCAGCAGCGAACACGGCUCCGUGAGCCCGGACUGCGACUCCAAACACGACGUCUUCUUCCAGAAGAAGAAAAGCUCCGGGUCCGAGAACCUGCUCAAACCCCCCAACUCCAACUACCUGAGUGUGCCAGACGAGGGUUCGGUGUCGGAGGACCGCAGUGCCCCCCCCUCCCCUGAGGACAGGGACGGCGGCCUGUUCCUGCUGAAGAAGGACAGCGAGAGACGGGCCAUUCUGUACAAGGUCCUCAACGACGACCAAGAAAAGGUCAUCUCCAACCUGAAGGAGAACCACAUCCAGGGCAGUGAGGAGCUCCAGCUCUCUGUCGACCACAUCAAGCAGAUCAUCUGCAUCCUUCGAGACUUCAUCCAUUCCCCAGAGAGGCGCGUCAUGGCGGCCACCAUCUCCAAACUCAAGCUGGACCUGGACUUCGACUCCACCUCCAUCAACCAGAUCCAGCUGGUGCUCUUUGGCUUCCAGGACUCGGUGAACAAGGUCCUGAGGAAUCAACACAUCAAACCCCACUGGAUGUUUGCCAUGGAUAACAUCAUCCGGCGAGCCGUGCAGGCAGCCAUCACCAUCCUCAUACCAGAGCUACAGACCCACUUCGGCCCGGCGUCAGAGUGUGAGGGAGCGGAGAAAGAAGACGAGGUGGACGAGGAGGAAGCGGAGUUCGGCCCCGUUCUGGCUCCUCACGCUGACGACCCAGGCACGACGGCCGACCCCGCCCACUCUGCGGUCGGCACGCUAAACUCCGCCCACUCCCAGGAGCACCAGCGCUCACAUCAUCACCUGGGAGCUCAGCUGGGACGGCUCAAACAGGAGACGAACAGGCUGCUGGAGGAGCUGCUGCAGAAGGAGAAGGAGUACCAGCAGGUCCUGAAGGCCACGCUGCAGCAGAGAACACACGACCUGGAGCUGGUCAGAGUCAAACACAGAUCACCAGACAUUUCACCUCCCUCCAUCUUCCACAUCCCAGCAGACCACGAGCCGGACAAGCAGCUCACCGACUGGCUGAAGGAGCAGGGGGCGGACGCUGACACCAUAGACAAGUUUGUGCUGGAGGAAUACACGCUGACCGACAUUCUCAAUGACGUCACCAGAGACGACCUCCGCUGUCUACGUCUACGGGGCGGAGUCCUCUGCCGCAUCUGGCGAGCCAUCCAGCGGCACCGAGAGCGAGAGAGGCUGACGAGCGGCACGCGCUCGGAAGAUGAGGCGUGAUGGCACGCACGGACUACAACUCUGGAGGACUGUUUUGUGGAAACACGCACAUCCACGCACACCACCAGCCCUGCAUGGCUACGCCUCUCUUCCUCCACUGUGCCUUCUCUCGUGCUAUAUUCUCUGCAUCGCAUGCACAGGACUGACGGAGUCUUUUGCUCGUCUGUGCAUCUCCAUACAGAGUCACACUUGACCAGACCAAAGCGCUUUAGUGCAGGCACUACUUUAUGUAUCUUUAUGUGCACUUAAAUGUGUAUUUGUGCCACAAUAUGAGCUUGUGCUUGAGGAUUUUUGAAGAAAAUUUGCAUCUUAGCAAAUGAGGAAUCCACCAUCACUUUCUUUUUAUGUAUGAGAUACCAGAUGUGGACUUGAAAGGUGGCCAUGAAAGUUUUGUGCCUUGAUCCUUUGCAGAGAACACAGGUUUUCACAGCAGAAAACAGUAUUUAAAAUAUCUAUUAAAACUUUUCCCAAACUCUCCUGUAACAUAAAUGCAUUUCUGUUCUGUCUGCCUGAUUUACCAAUAUGUUCCUAAACCUUCUGGUUCCCGAACCCUUAAAAUGAAGCAAUUCUCUAUGUAGAAUCACAUGUUAUGGCCUUAAUGUGUACAGCAGUUCAACCAAAAAAUUCAGUUUUUCUUCUUCUUUCUUCUCAAUAUGAAGGAUUUUUAGAGGCUUGAAGGGCUAAAUAUGUGUGUUUCACAAAAUUGUGUAACAAAAAAAAAAAAAGUAUGUUUGUCUUAUUGUUUUAAUCGAUCCACGUCACUCCUCUCUCAUGACGAGUGUGUAUGACUGUACAUGGCUCAUGUUCCCGCACUGUUCAGAACUGCUCUAAACUUGCUGAUUAUGUUGCAGAAGUGAUUUGAAAAGUUUUUUUUAUAAAUGGUUUGAUGCGUUUUUUGUCGCCUUGAAAACUUUGGUCACUCUUGGUAUCAUGGAAUCAGAGCUGAUCACAACCUGUGUCAAGAAGCAAACUGCUUUUUUUUUGGAUCUGCCGCCAAAUUUUCUCAAACUCUUCUAGUUUCAGGUUGAAACCUUUCAUCAUUUACUGGAUAAUUAUUGUGCAAACAGGGAUACACAAGCUAAUGCACAUACUUCCUGUGUCAGCUAAUGCCUUAAGUUUUGUAAAGUAAAAAAUAAUGUAGCCACACUGACUUAUUGAAACGUGUACACAUCAUGACUGCCAGCCCAGCGCCGCUUUUACCUUUUGUACGCACGUUAUUUAUUAGCUGUGUCAGAUUUCCUUUACAUUCUGGAUGAGGUAGCUGUUGUUUUCUCUUCUGUGUGUACCUGUAUUUAAAUGUUUUUUCUUUUUUGUUAUUUUUUUAAUUUUAUUCCAGCUAUGACAUGUAUGUAUGUAUGUGCUUGUCUGUUUCCUGGUUGCUUUACAAC